GCGUCGGACUGGGCCUCAGGGUUUCGUGACCAUUUCCUUUCUUAGCGGAUCAAACAUCCUGAUUCCAUUUAUGCCCUUCGCUUUUCAAAUCGUCCAAAUUUCUAAUUCCCCUCUUUAGUUUCCUCAAUCUGCCAGACUGCCAUCGUCAACGUUCGGGGUUAGUGUGUAUCGCUCUCUCUCUCUCUCUCUCUGGUGUGGCUUCGAUCCAUUUUGAUUUUCUCCUCAUUUAUUGAUCCAUCUGCGUUGUUCUAAAUGUCCGAAACCGUUGGAGUUUGAAUGUGGAAGUUCAAUCAAUUGCAUCCCGGAUUUCUGACAAGAGCUUGGACUUCUUAGGUUGCAGUUGAUUAUGGAAUGCCUUCCCGUUGAAGUCAUAGGGAACAUACUUUCCCAGCUUGGAGCUGCAAGGGAUGUGGUGAUUGCCUCUGCAACUUGCCGGAAGUGGAGAGAAGCCUACCGGAAUCACCUCCACACCCUUUCAUUCAAUUCCAAUGAUUGGCCUGUUUAUCGUGAUGUCACAACUAGUCGACUGGAGAUCAUUAUAACCCAAACGAUAUUCCAGACCAGGGGUUUGCAGUGCCUAUCUAUUUUUAUGGAUGACGUUGAUCAGUUCUCGGCAGCUCCGGUGAUUGCUUGGCUCAUGUAUACCAGAGAAACCUUGCGCCGACUGUUGUAUAAUGUCCGUACUACCCCGAAUGUCAACAUUUUUGAAAAGUGUGGUAGGCAGAAGCUGGAAGUGUUACAUUUGGCUCAUAAUUCCAUCACUGGGAUUGAACCUAAUUACCAGAGAUAUCCUUGCCUGAAAUCCUUGUCUCUGAGUUGCGUCAGUAUUUCAGCUUUGGAUCUGAAGCUUCUGCUUACUUCCUGCCCCAAGAUUGAAGUCUUGUCCCUUGUAAGUCCUGAAAUUGCCAUGUCAGAUUCUCAGGCAACAAUGGAACUUAGCAGUCCUACAUUGAAGAACAUAUGUUUUGAAGCAAUGAGUUUGGACAAGUUGAUGUUGGAGGCCGACAGCCUUGAGAGUUUGUGCCUUAAAAAUUGCACCCUAGAAUUUUUUGACCUCAUUGUUAAGGGUACCUUGAAGCAUCUCAAGAUGGAUGAAGUCAGUGUGCUCCAUCUUGAAAUUGAGAAUACUGAGAAUCUUGAGGUUGUAGAUGUCAGCAGCUUCACGAUCAUAUGGCCGAAGUUCUACCAAAUGAUAUCAAGAUCAUCACAAUUGAGAAGGCUUCGGCUUUGGGGUGUGGUAUUUGAUGAUGAGGAUGAGAUUGUGGAUUUGGAAACAAUUGCAGUUUGCUUUCCUCAGCUAAGCCAUUUAUCCUUGAGUUAUGAUUUAAGAGAUGGGGUGGUUUACUAUGGCUUGCAAGGGCCUACACAGCUGGAGAAUGUUGCUGUAUUGGAACUUGGGUGGACUGUAAUUAGUGAUCUCUUUUCUCAGUGGGUUGCUGGACUGCUUGAGAGAUGCCCUAAUCUUAUAAAGUUGGUCAUCUAUGGGGUUGUUUCAGAAGCCAAGACAAAUGAAGAAUGCCAUAUGUUGGCCAAUUUUACCUCAUCUAUUGUUCGGCUGAUGAGGAAAUAUAUGCAUGUUGAAGUGCAGUUUGAGUAUGAAUAGGAAGUGUAUGAAAAUACCCUUGGUGCUAUCAAAGUUUCUGUCCACCACUAAUUGCAUAAUCAGGUAACCUGUGCUAUACGUGGUGCUCUUCUGUAGUAUGCAUCUGAAUUCUGGAUUAUUUUUCUCCGCUGAUGUAUACAUUUAUUUGGCUGAACAUUGUACAUUAAUGCUAUUCUUUCUGGAAGAGAUAAAAUUUGAAUUCAUUAUUUUUAUGAUCGUACUUUUUUCCUCUAUUUAUUUAACCAUUCUUAUCUUUUGGUAUUACAUUUCUCUUUAUCCUGAUCCCUAUGUCCUUUUAUGCUGUUUCUCCUUAUGUUGAAUCCUUGUGGUUUUUUUGGGUUUUAAAGCUUGUAACAGUGUCUUAGUUCCUUUUAUUAGCCUUGUCAAAUGUGAAAUGUGUUAUGGUAUUUCAUUGGCUAUUACUUUCAAGUGCGAAGGUGGUGGGAGUUUAUUAUUUUCCUAAUGCUGGACAUCUGUGUCACGAAUGCUAUACUACUUGUGAUACAAAUGCUAUUCUACUUGUGAUGUUUCUAGAGGAGCAUUCAGUCUGGAUUUUCUCAUUUAUCCUGACUAGAAGCAUGGGAAACCAGAUUCAUAUUUCAUUUUGAUUGAAAGUGUCUACAUAUUUCAUACAUACAUGUGGGUUGGGGCUUCCAUAUGGGAAAGGGUAAUGUUAGCAUUCUAAAAUUAAAUUUAUUCUCCACUUUCCUCAAGUUUUGCUCUCUCUCUCUCUCUCUCUGUCUGUGUGUUUGAAUGUGUAAGGAAGACAUGGCUGGUGACUGGCAGGGUACCGUUUUUUGAGAAGUAAUCAUAACAGCAGUCUGUUCUACAAUUCACA